UCAUGAUAACACUCUGUCUGAAGAAGUCCACCGUUUCCCUUGCAUACUUUACGUGAACAAUGGAUGUUCCAGUGAAGUUGGCCCCUAGUCUGCAGGAAACAUAUCGACAUGUUACCUACGCAUACACAAAAUCUGGAAUAUAUUAAUUCCUAAAAGGAAUAUAUUGAUUCCUAAGUUCCAAGAAAAUAUUUUAGAUGGGAUGGAUGGAUUUCUUUAAAGGCCAGCACUGAUGUUGGACCACGCACAAAAUUUUUGUAAAUAAGUCUAAUAUGCGAAAUUUCACCACGCGAUAAUAUUUGCAAUUCUGUAACUUAAAUACUUAUCUGUACUAUAUAAAGUUAAUAUAAUAUUCGACACAUAUGUGAAAUAAAAAACGCGUAAAAGACCCCUGCUCGGUGAAAAGUUUGUCUGUUUUAUCCUUUGAUGUAAAAUCAAAUGUGUUAGGUCGAUACAAUAAUAACCUCCAUAGUUACAAUUGCCGUUUGCUCUCAUUUGAAAAACGACGAAGGAAAAGUGUCAGAAUGUGAAUAGAUACUAAACUAUGUGUAAAAUUCUGUAAAUUUUGCAAUUUACUUAAUAUAUAAAAAUGGCUACCAAAAUAUCUACUCUAUCUACUGCAGACUUCGAAGUGUUUGGCAAAGUGCAAGGUGUUUACUUCAGAAAACACACUCAAAGGAAAGCUACCGAACUUGGACUAAAAGGAUGGGUAAUGAACACUGCCCAAGGGACCGUUAUCGGACAACUCCAAGGUCCUCAGGAUGCUAUAGAGGAUAUGAAGAUAUGGUUGCAAAAAAUUGGAAGCCCUAAAUCGAAAAUUGAAAAGGCUGCAUUUAGAAACGAAGGACCAAUAAACAGUUGUGCUUUUAGAGCUUUCGAAAUACGACGAUGAACAUUAUUUUGUAAUCUUUAAUAUAAUUUAACAUAUAAUGCAUAUUUAUUUAAAAAC